GCCAUGGAGACAUCUUUAAAACAAUUGGCUGACAAUCAUGCCAUGUCUUAUUUAAUGAAAUUAGAACAAAUGGGUUCAGAUCCCCGUGCCGCCACAUGCCGUGGUAAAUUACAGACACGUCGUUGCAAAUUAAAUCAGGAAAUCAAUAAAGAGUUACGAUUGAGAGCCGGUGCUGAAAACCUCUAUAAGGCAACCACAAAUCGUAAAUUACGUGAUACCGUUGCACUGGAGCUAAGUUUUGUCAAUUCCAAUUUACAAUUAUUAAAAGAACAAUUGGCUGAAUUGAAUUCAUCGGUGGAGGUAUAUCAGAACAAUAGUCAAGAUGGUGUUAUGCCCAUGAUCCCCCUAGGUUUAAAAGAAACAAAAGAAAUUGAUUUUAUGGAACCGUUUUCCGAUUUUAUACUUGAACACUAUAGCGAGGAACCAUCACAGUAUGCGGAUGCUAUUGCCGAUAUUACCGAUACUAGACAGGCAUCCAAAACCCCCUCACGCGACAGCCAGGGUGUCGCUCUACUCUUUCGCUACUACAAUCUAUUGUAUUACGUUGAAAGACGUUUCUUUCCACCAGAUCGUAAUCUGGGUGUAUAUUUCGAGUGGUAUGAUUCCUUGACAGGUGUACCAUCUUGCCAACGCACCAUUGCCUUCGAAAAGGCCUGUACAUUAUUUAAUUUGGGUGCUAUUUACACACAAAUCGGUGCUCGCCACGAUCGUACAACUGAAAAGGGUCUGGAUGCCGCUGUGGAUAGUUUUCUCCGGGCCGCCGGUAUUUUCCGUCAUAUUUACGACACCUUUACCAAUGCGCCGUCAAUGGAUCUGAAACCGCAGGUGUUGGAUGUUUUAGUUUCGUUAAUGUUGUCACAAGCACGCGAAUGUCUGUUCGAGAAGCUGCAAUUGCAGAUCGAGUCAUUGGGUAUUAAGGAUUCAAGUCAUCUCUUCAAAGAUUUAGCUGGCGAAGCAGCACAAUUAACCCAUGAGUACAAUGAAAUGCACAAAAACAUACAAUUGAAUGAUACCCAUACAUAUUUACCCGAAUGUUGGGCUGGUCUAGUGCCACUCAAAGCCGAAUACUAUAAAGCCGUCUCCCAUCAUUAUGAGGCCCGCAGCAUAGAUGCCAGCGCUGACAAAGCUUCCCUGAGUACCAAAAAAAGUCAAGCCACCUCGAACGAAUCGUUUAUUGGUAAUGCGCGGGAGGCAUUGCGCAUGGCUGCGGCAGCCGCGGCCGCCGCCGCAGAUGACAACGAUGAGGAGUGCACCAGUUUGGCAGCAUUAAAACGUGCCCAUUUAAAUGAAGCCUUGGCUAGUCAUGAAGAAACCCAACGUCUGCAGCGUAUGUGUCGUUAUUUAAAGAAUAAAACAUCUUUAACACAAGUCAUUAAGGAAGCCCAAUACAAAACCCAAGAUGAAUUGGAAAAAUUCAGCGUAGAAAUGCCAGAAAAUGAAAUCGAUGAUUUAAUCGAAGUUCAAAUUGAAGCCUGCUCCAAAUUCACCCUCUCCCUAACCGGUCCCGACUUUACAUCGUACAAAGUUGAAGAUCCCUUCAAGCGAUUGGGUCCAAUUGCCAUUUUUUCUGCCCGACGUCAUUGGACCGCACCGCGUUGUGUACGUCUACAAAAGGGUUCGGCCAUCUAUCAUGAUGGUACCCAUUACCAUUGUCAUUGUCCAUCGCCGGCUGAUGGCCAUGAAGUGGGUUGUAGUUUGUACAAGGAAGAAAUUGAAAGUUUCGGUUUUCAUGUGCAGGGUGAUGCUCCCGUGAUGAUUGCCCAUGUGGAAAUUAAUUCAUUGGCAGAUUUGGGUGGCAUUAAGGAGGGUGAUUUUAUUGUAGAAAUUGCCGGCAUCGAUGUCAAAUGGUAUCUACAUCAACAGGUGGUGCGCCUGAUACAAUCGUGUGGUUCUACAUUGGAGCUGAAAGUUAUAACGCCAAUGGAUAGAAAUUAUUUGAAGCCAUUAUCAUCAAAGGGUUCCAUUUCAACAUUAUCUGCGGCUAGCUCCUCUGGUGUCUCAUCGGGAUCGUCCAGUCCCACAGGAACAACAACCAAACCCAAAAUACGUUGCAAGUCUACAUCUAAACCCUUGCUGGGUAGUAUUUCAUCGAGUUCAUGGAAUCCAUUUCGGCGUACUCCCAGUUUAGCAAAAAUAUUUUAA